AUGACAGACUGUCUGACCAACCAUCCAAAUUGUCCCAAACCUUACGUUGGCAAUAGUAGUCAUGCGCCACGCCUCCCACGCCGACUAUUGGAGGUCACGAACGGCAAAGUAGUGCUCCGUGAAGAAAGUGUACACAAGAGAUACCCAUACGCAUGCCUGAGCCACUGUUGGGGCCCGUCCCCUCGUCGUCCGGAGAGUACUAUUCUCAAAGCAAAACGGACUACGAUAGAACAGUUCAAGGUGGAAGUGCCGUGGGCAGAACUCACUAAAACGUUUCAAGACGCCAUAGACAUCUGUCGCCGGCUACACAUCGAUUUUUUAUGGAUUGAUUCCCUCUGCAUUCUUCAAGACAGCAGUGAUGAUUGGUCUCUGAACGCCACAGAGGUCGGUUCGAUCUACGAAAACGCUCUGAUCACCAUUGCUGCUUCGAAAUCCAAGGAAGGCUGCCAAGGUUGCUACAGUCGCACUGAUGCCCGUCACCUUGCGCGUUUGCUUGAUGGGAGCAAAGAUGUCUAUGUACGCUUGAAACCCCCAAGCUACCCAGUGCACGAUUUCCACCUGGAUCUGGACAACUUCCCCCUGCUAGACCGUGCCUGGGUAUAUCAGGAGAUGCACUUGUCAGUUCGCGUGCUGCACUUUUGCUCUCAAGAAGUUAUGUGGUCGUGCCGAUGUAUGAGAAGAAGUGAAAGCGGCGUCAGUGAUGACGAUGCGACAGACCAAGUCGAGUUUCUGUCGGAUUUCCACGGCUGGGAUCCUUCAUGGAAGACUCUGGGCAAAAUAGGACAGGAAGACCCGAGAACAUUGUGGUAUCGCACCGUGGAAGAGUAUACCCGUCUCCAUAUUUCCUAUCCAAGUGACAUCUUCCCAGCGCUGGCUGCCUUGACUCAAAGAAUGUACAGGCUAAGACCUCGUGAUGCGUUUCUAGCAGGACUCUGGAAAUCUACUCUCCUCCUUGAUCUAAUGUGGCGGACUCCAGUGGGGCCACAGUCGGCAAGACCAGCCAUUUGGAGAGCUCCGAGUUGGUCGUGGGCGUCUGUCCAAGUCCAGGUAGCCUGGGAUCUGAGGAUAGGGUCCGUUUUUGGAGUGGUGGAACUAUUGGGCAUCCACUGUGAUACCAAAGGCCCGCCGGAGCUGGGCAAUUUCUCCUCGAGCCAGGACGAGGUUCGAAUUACCCUUCGUGCCCCUGUCCUCAAAGCUACCUGGAAAAGGCCAUGGAUUCGGAGUCGGUGGCCAGAACUCGCAAGGACCGCAGGGAUGAAAGAUGGCAAGAUGGAUGUGAAUCGAUACUAUCCGGACUACGACUACGACUUGCCGGGAGAGCACCAUGUACCAUGGGAUUCCGAGGUCUUUGUCGUCCCGAUUGCGACAUCGACCUUGAUUCCUGAUGGAGACAACAGAGAUGGACCCGAUAACAACCUGCAUCUAGGGCUGGUCUUGCGAGCAAGAGAAAAACACGGCGUAUAUGAACGGAUCGGCUACGUCGAAAUCGUCGAAGACCAUGUCAUUGUGGAUUGGAGCCGUAACGGAUUCCAGUCUCGGUUUGGCCGAGUGGAUGCUAUCCUGAGAGCGAUUCCCCGGCAGGAAAUUACCAUUGUCUGA